GAUUUUUCGAGCGCUUGCGCCCGGUCGUCGCUGUACGUGACGUCACACCAGCAUGGCGGUCAAGGUGCAAUCCACUAAACGUGCUGACCCGAGUGAGCUGAAGGCAAUCUUUCAGAAGUAUGCCAGCAUAGCGGACAAAGAUGGAGAAAGGUUCAUGACCCCAGGAGACUUUGUCCAGAAGUACCUGGGACUGCACACACAGAUCCACCACAACCCCAAAACUGUACAGCUCAUUGCCGGUGUUGCCGACACUACUAAAGACGGGCUGAUCUCGUUCCAGGAGUUCCUCGCUUUCGAGUCCGUGCUGUGUGUACCAGACGCUCUCUUUAUAGUAGCCUUCCAGCUGUUUGACAAGACUGGGACCGGAGAUAUUUCCUUUGAGAAUGUACGGGACAUCUUUAGCCAGACAACGGUGCACCACCACAUCCCCUUCAACUGGGACUGCGAGUUCAUCCGCCUGCACUUUGGCCACGACCGCAAGAAACGCCUCAGCUACCUCGAGUUCACCCAGUUCCUACAGGAGCUGCAGCUGGAGCAUGCGCGCCAGGCAUUUGCCCAGAAGGACAAGGGGAAGAGCGGUGUUAUUUCUGCCAUGGACUUCAGCGACAUCAUGGCCACCAUCAGGCACCACAUGCUCACACCCUUCGUGGAGGAGAACCUGGUCUCGGCUGCAGGUGGCAGCACCUCUCACAUGGUCAGCUUCUCUUACUUCAACGCCUUCAACUCCCUGCUUAACAACAUGGAGCUGAUCCGCAAGAUCUACAGCACCCUCGCUGGCUCACGCAAGGACACGCUGGUGACGAAAGAGGAAUUCGUUCACGCCGCCAACAGGUUCGGCCAGAUCACCCCCAUGGAGGUUGACAUCCUGUACCAGUUAUCAGGCCUGCACUCCCCGUCUGGGCGGCUGAACCUUGCAGACAUUGAGAGGAUAGCCCCUUUGGAGGAGGGAUCGUUACCUUACCACCUGGUUGAAGCACAGAAACAGCGUGCUCACGGGGAGAGCUCCAGGCCUAUAUGGCUCCAAGCUGCCGAGUCGGCCUACAGGUUCACACUGGGCUCCAUCGCUGGAGCCACGGGAGCUACAGCGGUGUACCCCAUAGACUUGGUGAAGACUCGUAUGCAGAACCAGAGGUCCACCGGCUCCUUCGUUGGAGAGCUCAUGUACAAGAACAGCUUUGAUUGUGCGAAGAAGGUUCUGCGCUAUGAGGGCUUCUUCGGUUUCUACAGAGGUCUGUUGCCCCAGCUUAUUGGUGUGGCUCCAGAGAAGGCCAUCAAACUCACAGUGAACGACUUCGUGAGAGACAAGUUCACGAACAAAGACGACACCAUCCCGCUGUUCGCCGAGGUGCUGGCGGGAAGUUGUGCAGGAGGCUCCCAGGUGAUCUUUACCAACCCUCUGGAGAUAGUCAAGAUCCGCCUGCAGGUGGCAGGAGAGAUCACCACCGGACCAAGAGUCAGCGCGCUCAGCGUGGUCCGUGACCUGGGCUUCUUUGGACUCUACAAGGGUGCCAAAGCGUGUUUCUUAAGAGACAUCCCCUUCUCGGCCAUCUAUUUCCCGGUGUAUGCCCACACCAAGGCGAAGAUGGCUGACGAGCAAGGCAGGCUGGGAGCUCUGCAGCUCCUCACUGCCGGAGCGAUUGCAGGUGUCCCAGCAGCUUCGCUCGUGACACCCGCUGAUGUCAUCAAGACACGUCUGCAGGUGGCAGCGAGGGCGGGACAGACCAGUUACACGGGGGUCGUGGACUGCUUCAGGAAGAUCAUGAAGGAGGAGGGAUUCAGGGCCUUGUGGAAAGGCGCUGGAGCUCGUGUGUUUCGCUCCUCGCCUCAGUUCGGUGUGACGCUGGUCACCUAUGAGCUCUUACAGAGGUGGUUCUACGUUGACUUUGGAGGACACCGCCCCUCCGGGUCAGAGCCCACGCCCCGGUCCCGCAUCUCGGAGCUCCCUCCCAUCAACGCCGAACACGUCGGGGGCUACCGCCUGGCCGCGGCCACCUUCGCCGGGGUGGAGAACAAGUUCGGGCUCCACCUGCCCAAGUUCAAGUCCACCGGCGUCGUCUCCAUACAUCACCCGGAGCCGGCCGCCAACACACCGGCCCCUUAAAAGAG